AUGGAAAAUAAUAAAAGUCAGAUUAUGAUUAUUGAUGUCAAUGAUCGCCAACGUACACUAUCAAGGAAUACUAAAUUAGGACAUAUUUCAUAUCAGACUGAAUUAAAUAAUUAUCUUAUUUUAUCAGUGUUAACAGAAGAAGAAAAUUAUCAACCAACAUAUUCAAAAUCAUUUACUUAUAAGAGGAACAGCACUCAAAAGGGUGGUUUCUGUGAUCCAUUACUCCAAAAAUUGCUAUCCCGAAAUGAUUUACAGCAGCAGUUACGCCAAAAUUGUUAUCUAUUGGAAAUGCCAGAACAAAUCGAGAAACUAACCCAACAUAUCGAAGACAUAAAACAACGACAACAAUUACAAAAUAUUUUAUGGAAACAUCGAAAACUAUUUGAUCUUCGUCAACCGCCCAUCAUCAAAGUAACAGUUCAUCAUGCCAUUGAAACUGGUACUAAUUCGCUAUCAUAUACUCCACCGUAUCGUAUUUCAUACAAAGAUGAACAAAUACAACGAGAAGAAAUAGAUAAAUUAUUAAGACAAUGA